ACACUUUUGAAUCUUUCUAUUCAUGACAACAAUAAAAAGCUUGUUGUAGAAACACCAAUUGUUCUUCCACUUCUUAUGGAUGUAUUAAGAUCUGGAACAAUCGAAACAAGGAGCAAUGCAGCUACCACCCUUUUCACGUUAUCAGCUCUUGACUCAAAUAAGGCCCUCGUUGGAAAAUCAGUUGCCUUGAAACCCCUCAUUGACCUAUUAGAUGAGGAGCACCCGUUAGCAAUAAAAGAUGUUGCUUCAGCUAUCUUUAAUCUAUGUAUUGUUCAUGAAAAUAAGUCAAGGGCUGUUAGAGAUGGUGCAGUGAGAGUGAUCUUGAAAAAGAUCAUGAAUGAAAUGCAUGUUGAUGAGUUACUGUCCAUCCUAGCUAAUCAGAAGGCUGUCGAAGAAAUGGGAGAGCUUGGGGCUGUUCCCUGCUUGCUUCAUAUAAUACGAGAGACUUCUUGUGCUCACAACAAUAUUAACUAUAAUCUACAGAUACAAAAGCGUAAAAAUUCUAUACAAGGUUGA